AUGUCUUUGACUGUCAAGCAUCUCAACGGAGACACCACCUUUCUCCUCACUUUCUCUCCGAAUGAUAAUUAUCCACAGACUCCUCUAGGAUCUCAAUUUCAGCAGCCUCCAGGCACUUUCUCCAUACUCGUUGAUCCAUGGCUCUCAGGUCCCACAACAAUGUGGCAUCCCAAAUUCCUCCUUUCAAAACACACCACGCCAUCGUGCAUUCCGCACCUCUCACAUAUACCAGAGCCAAACGUGGUCCUCAUCUCACAAGAUAAGCCUGAUCAUUGUCAUGAAGCUACACUGCGACAACUGGAUCCCACAUCACCCAUCACUACCAUCUUGGCCGAGCCAACAGCAGCCAAGAAAAUUAGAGGGAUGAAGUUCUUCCACCCUGACAUGGUCCAUUCGUUGCGCCCUUUCUCCGAACGAAAGCCCGAUUCAGUCAUUAGGUUUUACAUUCCGCCAAUUAUUCCGGGAGGGACACCGGGUGAAGCGACCAUUUCGUUCAUACCGGCCAAAUUGGAUAUGGCCAAAGUACAUAACGCCAUUGGAGUCACCUAUCGACCACCAUCAUCCAGCUGCAUACCAUCGCGUCCUUUCUCUCCAAUCUCGCCAAAUUCUCAGCCACCUUUCCACCAAUCUCAAUAUCCUCCAGCGCCGCAGAACCUGCCAAUGACCCCUCCUGAAUCACCUACAUGGCAAAGCAGCACUCUGCGUACCGACAGUAACACCCUCUCCUCUGCCUCCACCCCAUCAUCCCAUCAAAGCAACUCCAACCACAACCUCUCCGUAUCCUCCAGAAGCUCUGUCACAUCCACCUCCCGCAUCCAUGCCGAAAAAGCAUUAUCUUUUAUUUACUCUCCCCAUGGCGUCAAUUACUCCCUCAUUCGUGCCUAUGCCUCUACGCAUCUGGUGUCCAUCGCUGCUCUUCCUCUGACACUUCUGCUGCACUCUUUCGACCGCGUCGAAAAUCCUUGGUAUCUCGGCGGUAAUGUCGCAGCGGGCUCACCCGGUGGGAUCGAGAUAGCGCAAAACCUGAUGGCCAGAUGUUGGAUCAGCGCACACGAUGAGGACAAGGAUAACACUGGGCUUUCUGUGAUGUCAGUGAAGACAAGAAAAUACACGAAGGAGGAGGUUAGAAAAAUGCUAAGGCAAGAGUUGGGAAGCAACGUGAAUGUUGCAAAUUUGGCGCCAGGAGCAGAGAUGGUUCUAAAAGCGUGA